AAACUUUUUACCGCCGAGUGUUGCGAUGGAUUCGAGGAUGCAGGACAGUCACAAGUCGUUCCUAAUCAAGGAUCUGCUGGGGGACGUGCUGAGUAAUUCAGAAGCGACCAGCCAGAAUCUAGAAACAUCCGAUAUAGAUGACGAAAUAUCCGUAGAUGGGCCGCCAUCGAUGACAUCUCGACCGGUAAAUUCCCAAAACUCGAGCCGUAAGCCUCGACGGCGACGCACCGCGUUCACUCACGCUCAGCUCGCAUAUUUAGAGCGCAAGUUUAGAUGCCAAAAGUACCUGAGCGUGGCAGAUAGAGGGGAUGUGGCGGAGGCACUGAGUCUUAGCGAGACACAGGUCAAGACUUGGUACCAGAAUCGUAGGACAAAGUGGAAGCGGCAGAACCAACUGCGCCUAGAACAGCUUCGGGCACAAGCGGCGAGUGGAGAGAGGGACCUGACAGCCCACACCCUGCCUCUGGCCUGCGCGUUACUGCCGCCAUAUCCAGCCUACAUGCACUGCCAUCUGUGAGG